GGCUUUAGCCUUUGACAAGGAAGUUCCAACCACUCCGCGUUGAAACGUUUUUGCCGCGUUGACUUUUCACCUGUUUAUAAAAUGACUGCAAAUCUUCCAUUCCAAACCUCAACCUGCCUGGAUCCAUCAUUUUUCUAAGCUAAUCUUCUUUCACUAAAAAAAAAAAACAGGGAAUUAUAUCGUAUUCUUACAGUUAGCGGGGGGCGACCUGAGAUUGAAUUUCAUAGAACACAGGCUAAGCUAGGAUGGGCGGUAAAGUGAUUUUGAUGAUAUUAGCCGUCGCAGCCGCUGCUAUCGGCUUUCGGGGCUCAGAUGCAGCAACGUACAGCGUCGGGAACGGCGCGUGGUCUAUACCGACCAGUAACAGCGCUUACUCUGAUUGGGCCAAAAACAUCAAGUUCGCUGUUGGAGAUGUCUUGACCUUCAAUUUCACGACCGGAGCACACACGGUGGCCGAAGUGAACAAGAAGGAUUAUGAUUCCUGCAAUGUCGGUUCUCCAAUUUUGAUCGAUAAUAACGGUCCGGCAAAUAUAACGCUCAAGUCUACCGGCCCGCACUACUUCGUAUGCACCAUCCAUUGCGCCCAGGGUCAAAAGCUAACGGUCAACGUUACUUCCGCCGGUAGCACCUCGUCGCCGCCGAAAAGCAGCCCCGCCCCGGGCUCUACUCCUUCAUCUCCGCCACCACCAACCGGAAGCAGCCCUUCCCCGGGUUCUAGUACUUCAACCCCGCCACCGCCGCCGCCCUCUGGCGCCACUAGUGUGUCGAUAUUUUCGGGCCUAAUGUUUUUACCAAUUUUCUUGGCAGCUUUGUUGUAAAAUUAAAUAUGUUACAGGGAAUAUUUAUAGCUUGGCAUAUGUUUUUCCCUGUCUAAUAAUUACCUGAUAUUUAUUUACUUAAAAGUCGGGUAUUUUGUUUGUUAAUAACGGAGUUCGAUUUGUAUUAGCAUUCAGGUUUGUAUUCAUUGAUUGAAUAAAUUGAAGGUUUGCGUUAUUUCAAUGUUCGUUUCAGUUUUGUUUCAUCUCUUUCUUUAUUGUGAGCAGAUAAAAAAUAUGGUCACUGGCUCUAAGGGGCAAUAAUGUAAUGCAGAGCUAAUUAAAAUCUCAUUUCUUUUUUGAUCAACUAAUUAGAAGCUGGAAUUGUCCAAAUGUCAACCGAAUCAAGUACACUUAUUUAACUCGUUAUAACUUGAUCAAAGUUUCAUUACAGCUCAAUCUAGUAAUUUAUAACUGUAUUGAAGCGUCGUGUGUUAUAAUUAAUUAAUUACCAUGCACAAAAUAAGCCAUAUGAAAAUUGAGUAUUUUGGCACUUUGAUUAAACACGCACCUUGAGUGAGUAUUAUAUUGAACCACGGUCCGCUGACCAAGAGGCCCAGACAUUGACCGUGAUACACUAGUAGAUAGUAUUUGCAUAAUGGUAUACUCUCUCCCUCUUAUUGGACUUUGCCAACUUUCCCUUUUUAGUUGUCCCAAAAAAUUUUGUCAUUUUCGUAUUAAAUCAACUACUUUGUGGUUCUGCACAUUUCUCUCUCCUCUGCACAAAUUUCAACCACACAGUUUUUACUUUUUAUGAUUCUUAUUUCUCACCUACUUUGUACUUGGGACGGAGGGAAUAUAUUAUCAUUAUUCACGUAUUUUUGAUUAACUCUUUAUAGGGAAAUAUUCUCAAGAUAUGACUACAACAUACCGAGUUUCCGAAAUAUGACUACCUUUUUUUUCCCGAAUUAUGACUAAAAAUAAAAAAAAUAAAAGAAAUUUCAUUAUAUUACAAUGUGGAAGGUCGAAAAUGCCCGUAUUUAAAAAAGAU